GCUAUUGAAAAUGCGUCGCUUUACGUCUUCCCACCUGACCGCGGCAUGUCUGAGCUCCGUGUGAACGCGGGACGGCGGUAAACUGAGCCACGUCUAGACGAGCAGGACGUAAACAACUUGUUUUGCAAGACGCGCUGCGACACGCCUCGUGUUUGGUUUUCACGCCCUCCUCCGCGCGCUGUAAAAAAAGAGAAAAGAUAGCUUUCCUCCACAAUUUAAUGUUGCGCGCAAGGAAUCCAGGACUUGCGCUGCGUAAAACAUCCAGGACGCAUCCGAAGUUAUGACCGAGGAUGGAGACAUAAGCAGCAGCGACAGCAGCUCUCAGGGAGAGAACAGCACAUUACCUUAUUUAUGAAUGGCACCUCCAUAAAUUCUGUCUGGACGCGUUUAACGUUGGAUUUCUCACCGGAAUGUUUUGGCUCCGUGCGCACGGUUGUUGGGACAGCUUGCCACCGCGGCCCCACGCCUCCUUUGAUGUUUUUACAAUGUUUGUCCAGUUGCUUAGCGCACGGUGCUGCUUCAUAAAAGUUUCAGACACCGGACGACCGUGGGGGCGGUCAGAGGGGGCUGCCCUUUCCACCUCCAUUCACACCCUGAAAGGCUGAUGUUGCGUCUUUCUCUCACAUUGUGCUGCUCCGCUCGCGUCUUCUUGCUGGAUUUUGGGGGGAUUCGUCCUGAAUGAGAUUCUGUGUAUUGUUGCGAGAGUUUUGUUUUGAAUGUGAAGGCGGAUAUUUCACGCAGCCCAGAUACCUUUUUAUACUUAACCCAGGAUUUAUACUUUGUUCUUUAAAUGUCCAGCGCAUGGGAACUCGUUCUGAUCGUAAGGAAUGGAUCAACCCUCCUGUCUUGCUUAAUUUUUACGCACAAAACGGAUGGCCACAUUUGAAAACCGUCAAUAGUCCUCUUCCUUUUUUGAAGACCUAAAGGAGGUAUGGAAUUACUGGGUGCGAGACUCAUGCAAAAGGGCAAAGAUGUAUAAAAUUCCUCUGCAGCUUCUGGAGGAUAGACGUCCAAAGGAAACGCAUUGUCAUAAUGCACACAACUCAAACAGCCGAGGAUUAGGAUGGAUUUGUGCGUAUUUGUUGAUGCUCCUGCUUUGCGAACUACCCGACCUCUCUUUGUGCGCAAGUGUGGCAGAAGCCAAAGUUGAACAUGAGGGACUUUGUCCCAACAAGCUGAACUCUAAUCUCUGGGUUGAUGCGCAAAGCACCUGCGAGAGGGAAUGCAAUGUGGAUGAGGACUGUGCUGACUUUGAGAAAUGCUGCACCAAUGUAUGUGGCCUCUACAGCUGUGUGUCUGCCCGUUUCUCUGAUGGCACCUCUGCUCAGCCAGAUGGACAGGGUGGAGGAGAAGGAGGUGAUAACCAAAACUCUACUGCAACCUGUGAGGGCUUUAUCUGCAGCCAGCAAGGAGCAACUUGUGACAUUUGGGAUGGGCAGCCCAUCUGCAAGUGCCAGGACCGAUGUGAGAAAGAGCCCAAUUUCACCUGUGCGUCAGAUGGACUCACCUACUUCAACCGCUGCUACAUGGAUGCAGAGGCCUGUGUCCGCGGGGUGACUCUGACUGUGGUCGCCUGCCGUUUCUACCUAGCCGGGCCCCACAGCAGUCCUCUGCCUCAGGACACCACUGUUAAUCCCACCCCUACAUCCUCCCAGGAGGACCCUCUGCCCCCCACUCUGUACUCCAACCCUCACCAUCAAUCCAUUUAUGUCGGAGGCACAGUCAGCUUCCACUGCGACGUCACCGGAGUCCCCAAACCUGAUGUAACAUGGGAGAAACAGAGUGAUCGACGAGAACGGCUGGUCAUGAGGCCUGACCAGAUGUACGGCAACGUGGUUAUCACCAACAUCGGACAGCUAGUCAUUUACAACGCCCAGGUGUGGGACACAGGUAUCUACACCUGCAUCGCACGGAAUUCGGCAGGAGUUCUUCGUGCAAACUUCCCUCUCUCUGUCAUUCGCCAGGGUGAUGAUGAUUUCUUUGAGGAUCCUGAGAUGCCCAUGGGGAGACCAUUCUCACCAGCAGACUGUCUGGCUGAAGUAGAUCUGAGGGUGUGCAGUGGUGAGCGGCACGUGGACUGGUAUUAUGAUAGCAAGCUGGGCUCCUGUAUGGCCUUCAGCAACGGUGGGUGUGACGACAGCCGCAACCGCUUUGAGACCUACGAGGAGUGCAAGGCCUCCUGUCAGAGAGAGGGGAUGGGCAUCUGCUCCCUACCUGCCGUUCAGGGCCCCUGCAAAUCUUGGGAGGCACGUUGGGCCUGGAAUUCGGUCAUGAAAGAGUGCCAAGCCUUCGCCUAUGGCGGCUGCCAUGGGAAUGCCAACAACUUCCGCACCAAAAAGGAGUGUGAAGCGAACUGCCCACAACCAAAAAGGAAACCUUGUAAGACCUGUCGGGUGAAGGGGAAAAUGGUGCCCAGCUUAUGCCGCAGUGACUUUGCCAUCGUAGGCCGGCUGACAGAGCUGGUGGAGGAUCUGGACUCUGGGUUAGCCCGCUUCAGCUUGGAUGAGGUCCUGAGAGACGAAAAGAUGGGAUUGACUUUCUUCAACACCAAACACCUUGAGGUGACGAUCGCCAAGAUAGACUGGAGCUGUCCCUGCCCAAACAUCACUAUGGAGGAAAACCCACUGCUGGUGAUGGGGGUGGUGCAGGACGGCAUCGCCAUCAUCCAAUCAGACAGCUACGUCAGAGCCAUAACUGAACGCAGACUCAAGAAGCUACGUGAGGUUUUGGGCAAAAAGACCUGCGGGUCAUCGUAGAACUCCACAGACAUGGCCUUGUUUAUCCACAGAGUGUCUGUGGUUUACUUUUAGCACUCAAGAUAAACAUUUUCCCUUUAAAUCAAAGGCAAAAAUAUGUUUAUUACUGUAUGUUAAUGUAGGUUUGAGAGAUCAACACAGGUUGUACAACAUUCCAGAUGUGUUUGAGAUGUGUUGUGCGUCAAUUUAUAUAAAUGGUCCCUUUUAAAAUGAGUUUUAAUACAGAUGUUUUGUUUUCAUGUUUUUUCUGUUUGUGUUUUACAAAAAUGACUUGCUUGCGAUGCUAAAAAUAGACUCCUACAACAUAUUACCUCUAUAUUUAGUU